AUGGACUUCGCCGCCCUCAUGUCCAAAGAGAUCGCCAAGGCAAAAGGCACCACCAGCAACACCACCACCUCCAGCAAACCAACACCAUCAACCAUCACCACAACAAAGGAUACUAACACCAAACCCGACUCAAUAGCCGUAGGAGUCGGAGCCGGAGGAGAGGGUGCCGCCGCCGCCACCGCCGCCCCGAAAUUCAUCUCCCGCCGCGAAGCCGAAGCCCAACGUCAGGCCGCCUACCUAGCCGAGCAAAAGCGACUCGAGGAAGAACGCGCCGCCAAAGCCGCGUUGAAGCGCAAGCGCGAAGAAGACGCCAUACAAGAAGCCAAAGCGCGCGAGGAGAAGAAACGUCGACUAGCCGAGGAAUCACGCGCCCGCCGCCUAGCCAAAGAAGCCGAAGAAGAGCGCGCCCGCCGCAAGCGUCUCGGUCUUCCCGAGCUACCUCCCACCCCUUCCGAAUCCGCUGAUAAACAAGGGACGCCCGCCUCCGGCAUCGACGAUUUCGACCUCGACGACGACGACGACGAUGACAAAGCCCAUGAUCUGCCCGACGACGAAUUAACCUCCAAACUCCGCGCCCUAGGCGAACCCGCCUUUCUCUUCGGCGAAUCGCACCUCUCCCGCCUGCGACGCUAUCGCAAGGCCGCCGGCCUCGGCGCUUUGGGAUUGCCCAUGGGCCCCAUCACCACCUCCUUGCUCCCCGUCGCCGAAAAGGACAUGAAAGUCCCUGCCUCCUCCGCCGAAAUCCCUCCUGCCACCGACCGCAAAGCGCGCCGCUACCUGUUCCGUCAACUAGCUUCUUACUUUAACAUGGUCCUCCGCGAAUGGGAACUCGCUCUGGUCAAGGAAGACAACGCGGACACGUUUGCGGGGCAAGCGGCGCGGAACGCCAUGGUGCAGUCGAAAGAAACCAUGCGCCCUCUUUUCCGCAAGUUUGAAAAGGGGGAUCUGGAGAAAGAUAUUUUGGAGGCGAUUGUGGAGAUUGUAAGGGCAGCGCAGGAGAGGAGGUAUGUGGAUGCCAAUGAUGGGUAUCUGAGGUUGAGUAUCGGUAAGGCGGCGUGGCCGAUUGGUGUGACGAUGGUGGGUAUUCAUGAGAGAAGUGCUAGAGAGAAGCUGCAUGAUGGAGAGAGGGGACAUAUCAUGGGUGGAGAGGUGACGAGGAAAUAUUUGCAGAGUAUCAAGCGGUGUUUGACAUUUGCGCAGGUGAGGUGGCCGCCGGAGGAUAUUAGGCAGUUGAUGGGUUAGUCUAGUGGGGGAGCAAGAUUUGAAGAAUUGCCAUAUUCGAUCAGGGGAGGGGGAGGAGAAGGAAGGGGAGGUGAAGAAGAAAACAGUGGCCGUGAUACCCAUAUUGAUUUUGGAGACGAUAAUUGGACCAAGUCUGACACUCAGAGCUCGGGAAAACAAACCCCGGGCAUGAAAUUGUAUCUUCAG